AAGCGAAGAAAAGAGGAAAGACUGAGGAUUCUGUGACGUUCUGUAACAUUCAGCAGCAUGAAAUGUCUUCGCUGAGCUGUUUACCUCCUGGAUUAACAGAUUUCCUUUUUGUAAUUCCUUGUCAAUUAUUUUAUCCAUCUUUCUGGAUCUAUCUGCUUUUAGUCACUUCUUGUCCUGCUAUCUCAUUUCUCGCACACUGUCUCUUGCUCUUGCUGUCUUUCUGAGUGCACUUGGAUCAGAUGAGCAGCCUGAGUGCUAGUAGUUAGCAUUAGCGUGAGUAAGCUCACUGGACGGAAGCACACACACUCACGGAGAGGGAGAGAGAGAGAGAGAGAAAGAGAGGAAAACACAGAGUAGAGCCAGGACGAGGGCUGUGCAGAGGGACGGAGGAUGCUGUUGCCCCCCAGGAUAAGGAGGGGGGGCAGCAGGUCGGUCAUCACCUCCCUCACCACCAUCACCGAGGAAGACGAGGAGCAGCGGAGCCGGCGCAAGAAACGCAGGAGAGGAGACUCUGACUCCCAUCUCAGAGGCGACGAAAAGAAACCUUUAAGUCGGCCAGACUCGACAACCCCUGGACACAACACGUACAUUAUAUCCAGCUCUACGGACAUACAGAAUACAGGGAGGCCAGAGGCUCUGGUGCUCAAACUCGAUGAGAGACAGAGACUGGCUCGAGAGAGGAGGGAGGAGAGAGAGAAACAGAGUGCUGCGCGAGAGGCUCAGUUAUUGGAGCGUGAGGAGCGAGCGAGGCUGUACUAUGAGAAGCAGCUGGAGGACAGAAGGAGGCGUCUGGAGGAGCAAAGGCUUAAGGAGGAUAGGAGGCGCGCGGCCGUGGAGGAGAAACGAAGGCAGAAACUAGAAGAGGAGAAGGCUCGGUAUGAGGCUGUGGUGAGAAAGACUCUGGAAAAGAGUCAGCGCGUCAGACCGAAGCAGAACCGCUGGAGCUGGGGAGGAACCCUAACCUCCAGCACCUCGCACAACAGUGGAUUUGAUGACUCUGCUCUCCUCUUCACACUGGACCUGGCUGGACUGGAGUGUGGUGGUGUUUUCAGUCCGGCACGUCAGCAGCGCCUGCACACACAAUAUGCUGACAGACGGUCAGUCUCCACCAUGAAUCUGUCCAAGCACAUAGAUCCAGUCAUAAACAAACGACUGUCUUCAUCUUCUGCCACACUGUUAAACUCACCAGAUAGAGGCUUACAGAAGCAGACGUCCCUCUCCUCCUCUUGCUUAGUAAAUAAAGUUCCAUCUAAAGCUCGUGCGUCCAGAGAGAAGAUCCAUCAGGACAGACCUGCAGGUAUGCGUCGUAUGCCUCUAACCCCAUGGGAGAGCAAUGUAGUCAGUCGCUUACAGACACCAACGCACUCAUACCUGGCCAGAAGCCGUAGUGCUGUAUCUCUGUCUGGAGAUGCAGCAUCCUGUCACCAAACGAGCUCACUGUCCAUCAAGGCCCUGCAGUCACGCAGCACCGAGCGACCAAUCAGAGCCGGCCUCAGCCUUGAGCGAGCGGUCAGAGCCGCGCCGGAUGGCAACACAUGCAGGAAGGCAGCCCAUGCUAUGCUGGUUGAUAGGAAGGAUAAGGACUACGUGCGCAAGUCCUGGAGUAAUCUGUCCUGUCCCAUGCCAACUCUGAACCUCACCACCACUAAGAGAGCUCCCUCUCCUGGCAGCCAGCGCACUAAAGUCAGCCAGCCGUCAUCUGCCAGGAGUUCCACUAAACCACCUCAGAAGUCUCCGAUGUCCAAAAGAUCCAGAUCUCCUCCUCCUCCUCGAUCUUCCAUGCCCUUAUCUCCUAGCAACCCUUCCCUGUUGCCUGGUAACCUGCGACCCAGCCGGGUGACAUCAGAGAGCCCGAGAGUGAGUCUGGAGGACGAGAAGGACCUAAAGGAGGAAGAGGAGGCCAAAAGAGAAGAGACGGAGGGCAGAAGGGAAGAGGAUGAGGAGGCAAAACAAGAGAAGAAGGAGCAGAAUGAAAGUCCUGCUAAAGAAGCAGCUGAAAUCUCCACACGUAAAGCAGAGUCCAAUGGUGUAGAGAGGGUGGCGAGUCCUCCAGCAGUCAGAGUCAGUGCAGGAACCACAGACCCAGAAGAGGCGUCUCGACUGCUGGCUGAGAAACGACGGCAGGCCAGAGAGCAGAGGGAGAAAGAGGAGGAGGAGAAGAGGCAGCAGGAGGAGGCCGAGAGGCGACACAGAGAGGAGAUGGCACGGAAGAUAGCUGAGGAGAGAGCGAAAAGAGAAGAGGAGGCCCAGCGUCUGGCUGAGGAGAAGAAACGUAAGGAGGAAGAAGAGAGGCGCUUAGAAGAGGAGAGACUCCAGAGAGAAAAAGAAGAAGAAGCAGAACGCCUGCAGAGACAGAAAGAGGAAGAGGAGGCUCGGCAGCGUGAAGAAGCAGAGCGUUUGCGUCAGGAGAGAGAGAAACACUUCCAGAAAGAAGAGGCUGAGAGACUUGAGAGGAAAAAGCGUCUCGAGGAGAUCAUGAAACGCACACGCCGUUCAGAUCAGAAAAGCCCCGGUCAGAGGAACGGAGACGUGAGUCAGCAGAGUUCUCAGGACACGGUGAAUGUGGUCCCUGGGAUCCCCUCAAUCACUGUAUCAGCUCCACAAAAUCCUCACGCCACACAGCACAGUGACAGCAAUGGACACACUAACCCUGACCUCAACGUACACACACUGCCCCCUGCUGGACACAAAAUAAGCACCGAAGCCCAGCUUCAAGAAAACGGCGUCGUCAUGGAGACCCCGGCCUUUGAGGAAGUGAUCGAGGUGCCCAUGGUGACCAAGCUGUCCCGUCAGGAGGGAGACGGAGAGGAAGAGGACGAGAGGAGGAAGACGCCGCUGCUGGCUUUCAGAGAGAACGGAAGCACACAUGACCUGAGCACAUGGGAACAAAGCCAAGUCCAGCACCAUGCAGGUGAUGUCUGAAACCCUCAGAGAGCAUGAUGGGAAACAAAGUGUGACUGACACCCACUUAGUUUUCUCUCCCUUUACAUUUUCUCCACAUAGACACCUGGUUACUGUAUGUGAGGAGAAAGUAACUAUAACACACUCUUCUCAAGUUGUGGACAGCUCUCUAAUCAGUUGUCCUUGCGUUUCUGUGAUGCAGCUCCUACCUUCUGACCCCUCACCCCCCAACCCACCCCCCUCACACUAAAGUGGUAUGUUCCUGGAACAUAGAGGCUCAGUUGAUUAACGUGCUGUUAGUGUGUAUGUGGAAGCUCUGUGGAUUUCAAUCAGCUGUAAAGUCUGAUCUAAUACUUGAAGUUUUUUGGUUUGUUUGUUUCUGUUGAGGUAAAAUUCAGCAAAGUGCUAACCGUAGUGAGAGCGUUGGAUGAAGGAUGACUUUUGAAAUGUUUAGAAACAUCUGGGACUCGUUUUGCUCUGAGUAAACCCAGGAAUGAUGUGUAACCCAUUGAACGCAUCAUGACUUUUACAAGAAUGAAGAGAAAGUAUGAAGAAAUGGUAUUUUCCUACUUCUUUAUAAAGCUUUAAUAUACAUUUGCUUCAUGUUGACAGUGUUGCACUGGGGAUCUUUAUAGAGAUGCACUGAAAUUUAGAGUGAAAAUUCUUGGCCAAGGAAAGGCCCUUUUUUCACUUUUCAUUCACUGAUCAUUUCCCGAAAGAGUUAAAAAUUCUGAAACCUUUGACCAGGAAAGUUUUUAUUUCACCAACAAUACUCAGACGUACAAUAGUUUCAUGUUAUUUUAUGUUCUCUGCUCACAUUUUUGGAGAAGUAUCCUGUUGAAAGCACAAACAUUAUUAUUAUUAUUAUUAUUAUUAUUAUUAUUAUUAUUAUUAUAUUUUUGGCUGAUGGUCCAGAAAAACACUUACCUUUUUACCUUUCAUUUUUUCAUCCCUUAAUAGUUCAGAAAGUUAACAUUGGCAAAUUACUAUGGUAUAAAAAGAAUAAAAACACUUCAGGACAUUUAGGUUUUCGGUUUCAGUUUUGAGCCAAGAAUUUAUUUCGGUGCAUCACUACCUCUGACCUGAGUGAAGGCUCAAUCCAAAGAUCUCACCCACAAAACACUGUCUAAUCUACUGUCUAAUGCAGCAGAUUUAUGAGCUUUUUUAAUUAAGAUAUUAAUUGGCUGCCAUGUUUGGAGAGGAUUGGACGGUGCAUGUUGAGGAAGAGGGCAGGGUUUCUCUGCUGUGUGCUGACACAAUCAUUACAUUAAUAAUAAGUAAAAUAAUAAGUGAAGACAAUAAAAAGAAGAAAGAUGAAAUGCUGCUAUGUGUAUCUUCCCUAUGCCUUAUCAGAUCAGGACACGUGUGUUUGGGGUUUAAGGGCUGAUUAUCACCCUCCACACCACAUUUCAUACAUUUUACAGCCAGAUUAGAUCUUUGAGGCUUCAUCUCGAUUUGCUCAGUGUGCAUACCUGCUCUAAACACCGCUGGAUUGAGGAUCUGCUCCAAGUUCGCUUUAGCUCUGUGAACGUUUGAUUGACAGCAAAUCCUGUUGCUGUUGUAAUGUAAUGCUAAAAUGCAGUGCUAAGCUACUGUAUAAUGUGUUCAAUGGAAACACUGUAAAUCUAGAUUUGUGUACAGUAAAUACAGAUAUGACUAUAUUGUACAAAGACUGAAAAACAAGACGAGCACGACGGCUAUCUGAUAUUAAACUGUAACCUGGUAUCUGUACCAGCUAGAACAGAGAACUCCUCUUAUCCCAUAAAUCACAUAAAUAACACUUAGUUUUAGUUUGGUGGAGUUUCUAAGCUCUCCACAUUCAUACUCUUGUUAUCUUUAUCCAGACUUCUUUUUCCUCAUCUCUUUACUCCUCAUUCUCAUUUUCCCCCAAGCAGUCACAUCUGUAUAGCAUGUAAAAAAUUAAAAUCAAUAAAUA